UGCACCUCUAACAAAGUCUAUUCGCAUUUGAUGUGAUGACAUGAAACAAGCAAACGUUUCUAGUUUCUGCAAUCUGUACGAGAUGAAUUAUUGGUCAAACUAUCUCAGACCAAACCUGAAUAAUAGGUUUCUGGUGAUUUUAUUGAUCACAAUCAACCAUGACCUAUGCGGUGACAGAAGAAGAGUACAUGCCUGGACCUACCACUACAGCACCCAGAACAUGGACUGGGAUUCAGCUAGCCAUUGGUGCAAGCAGCAUUACACUGACAUGUUGGCCAUCCAGAACCUGGAGGAGAUUGUUUACAUCAACAACAUGCUCCCUAAGCACCCACAAUACUACUGGAUCGGCAUCCGCAAGGUGAAUGGGUUAUGGACCUGGAUCGGAACCAACAAGACCCUGACCAAAGAGGAAGAAAACUGGGCCACUGGAGAGCCCAACAACAGAGGCAAUGGCCAGGACUGUGUGGAGAUCUACAUUAAGAGACAGAAAGAUGAAGCCAAGUGGAAUGAUGAGAAGUGCACAAAGAAAAAGGGAGCCGUCUGCUACACAGCAUCUUGCUCAGAGCAUAGCUGCAGUGUCCAUGCUGAUUGCUUGGAGAACAUAGGGUCCUACGCCUGUCAAUGUUACCCUGGCUUCAAGGGGCCCCGUUGCCAGGAAGUGAUGCAGUGCGACACUAUAAUAGCUCCCCCUCAUGCGUCCAUAAGCUGCCAAAACCCUGUGGAGAAGUUCAGCUAUGGUUCCACCUGUACCGUAGAGUGUGAGGAGGGUUUUUUUCUAGUAGGAACUAACUCCACCCACUGCUCCUCAGUGGGGAACUGGAGCCACAGCCUUCCUACAUGUCAGGUGAUGCAGUGCGACACUAUAAUAGCUCCCACUCAUGCGUCUAUAAGCUGCCAAGACCCUGUGGAGAAGUUCAGCUAUGGUUCCACCUGUACCGUAGAGUGUGAGGAGGGGUUUGUUCUAGUAGGAACUAACUCCACCCACUGCUCCUCAGUGGGGAACUGGAGCCACAGCCUUCCUACAUGUCAGGUGAUGCAGUGCGACACUAUAAUAGCUCCCACUCAUGCGUCUAUAAGCUGCCAAGACCCUGUGGAGAAGUUCAGCUAUGGUUCCACCUGUACCGUAGAGUGUGAGGAGGGGUUUGUUCUAGUAGGAACUAACUCCACCCACUGCUCCUCAAUGGGGAACUGGAGCCACACCCUUCCUACAUGUCAGGUGAGCCAGUGUGACACUAUAAAAGCUCCUCCUCACGCCUCCAUGAAAUGCCAGGACCCUGUGGAGAGGUUCAGCUACGGUUCCACCUGUACCAUUGAGUGUGAGGAGGGGUUUGUUCUAGUAGGAACUAACUCCACCCACUGCUCCUCAAUGGGGAACUGGAGUCACAGCCUUCCUACAUGUCAGGUGAUGCAGUGCGACACUAUAAUAGCUCCCCCUCAUGCGUCUAUAAGCUGCCAAGACCCUGUGGAGAAGUUCAGCUAUGGUUCCACCUGUACCGUAGAGUGUGAGGAGGGUUUUUUUCUAGUAGGAACUAACUCCACCCACUGCUCCUCAGUGGGGAACUGGAGCCACAGCCUUCCUACAUGUCAGGUGAUGCAGUGCGACACUAUAAUAGCUCCCACUCAUGCGUCUAUAAGCUGCCAAGACCCUGUGGAGAAGUUCAGCUAUGGUUCCACCUGUACCGUAGAGUGUGAGGAGGGGUUUGUUCUAGUAGGAACUAACUCCACCCACUGCUCCUCAAUGGGGAACUGGAGCCACACCCUUCCUACAUGUCAGGUGAGCCAGUGUGACACUAUAAAAGCUCCUCCUCACGCCUCCAUGAAAUGCCAGGACCCUGUGGAGAGGUUCAGCUACGGUUCCACCUGUACCGUUGAGUGUGAGGAGGGGUUUGUUCUAGUAGGAACUAACUCCACCCACUGCUCCUCAAUGGGGAACUGGAGCCACAGCCUUCCUACAUGUCAGGUGAUGCAGUGCGACACUAUAAUAGCUCCCACUCAUGCGUCUAUAAGCUGCCAAGACCCUGUGGAGAAGUUCAGCUAUGGUUCCACCUGUACCGUAGAGUGUGAGGAGGGGUUUGUUCUAGUAGGAACUAACUCCACCCACUGCUCCUCAAUGGGGAACUGGAGCCACAGCCUUCCUACAUGUCAGGUGAGCCAGUGUGACACUAUAAAAGCUCCUCCUCACGCCUCCAUGAAAUGCCAGGACCCUGUGGAGAGGUUUAGCUACGGUUCCACCUGUACCGUUGAGUGUGAGGAGGGGUUUGUUCUAGUAGGAACUAACUCCACCCACUGCUCCUCAAUGGGGAACUGGAGCCACACCCUUCCUACAUGUCAGGCUGAUCAGUGCGACGUCUUAACCAAUCCUGCUCAUGGCUAUGUUAACUGCUCUGGACCCCAUGGACAGUUUUCCUACAGUUCCCAAUGUCAGUUCUCAUGUGAGCAGGGGUUUCUGCUGAAUGGAACGGCUGAUACAGAGUGCACAUCCCUGGGCACGUGGAGCAUUAGAUCACCCCUCUGUGAGGCACGUGAGUGUCCCUCUCCGGUGGAACCACGCAGAGGCUGGAUGAACUGCAGCCACCCCUAUUCAUCCAACAGUUAUGGCUCACAGUGCCUCCUCGGAUGCAGUGAAGGAUUCUGGUUAACAGGAGCUCCCACUAUGCAUUGCAACGCAUCGGGAGUCUGGAGCCAAGACUUUCCCUCCUGUAAAGAGUCAGCAGGUAUGUCGGUGGGAGCUGGGAUGCUGAGGUAUGCUGCAGUAGGUGCUGCUUCAGCAGCAGGGCUGCUGCUGCUGGUGGGAGUGGCGAUUCUGAUCUCAAAGAAACUCAAGAAGAAAAGUGACUUCAACUUGAACAACUCAUUCUGGGAGGAAAGAGAAAAUCCUGCUUUUGAGUUUUCUUAAAAAUAGUUUACUUUAUAUCAUCAAGGUUUUGCACAGUAAAUUUAGAUGGUCAGUUAUAAGAGUUAAUGUUUUUUUCUAUAUAUUUCAUGUUAAAGCCCAAGUUAGUUAUAUCCAACUGUACUUUGUGAUAUCAAAAUAAUAUUGAUAUGGAUAAAUAUGUCAUUAAUAAAAGUCCUAGAGCAGUCAGAAAAUA